CUUCGUGGCGCUUGGGCGGAGCUCGUCAGACGCAAACUUGCUCCGAAGACGUGGGCUCGACUAUCUCAUGAGCACGUCGUAUUCUGCGUGGCGAAGAACCACGUUGAUGAUGACGGAGACUGGAAGAAGAAACUCGUCGACAAUGACGACAAUGACGAGGACGAGAGUAGCGGGGGCAAGAAGCGUAAACAAUUGAAGGACGCUCUCAGGUCUGAAGUCCCCGGCAAAAAACUAAAAGGUGCGUCUUUAAUUUAAUAUGAUAUUGCAUUAACUAGUAUUUUUUGUAGUCGACCCUACCGUGAAUAUCCUGCCUUCGACGCCAGACUCUCUCUUGGCACCAUCGCCUACUGUGCCUAACUCGUUAGCUGCCGAGUCCAUGCUACUGCUAUCCAGGUCUCACCCUACCACCCCUUCUCGAGCGCCGUCUCCAACAAUUCGUUUGUCUCCAAUAUUACUGCCCAACAAUCCCGAUUCUCGGCAGCUACCAGCUAUACCACCUGCUUCUCCGGAGUUUAUUGUAGCGGAGAAGGAGAAUAUUCCUCCACCAACGCCUGAUCCUAUUGCACCGGUACCUAAUUCUAGUAUCACACUAGCGCCUAAGCCUAAUCCUAUCGCACCGCGGCCAAUUAAAAUUAUAAUGACUAAUUCACUUUCUACGCUUGCGCUAGCUGCUGUCGGCACACUGAUCCCACCACUCCCACCCUCCAUCGAUCCUCCUCUCAAGGCUCCUCUAGCAAAUGACAGCGCUGAUUCGAAGGGUAAAAAAGGCAAGGUCGACGACUUCGCAAGCGGCAAGGGCACCAGUAAAACUAGCAAGAAGAUGCGUCCAAGCCCAACUAGAAACGGACGCAAUCUGUGUGCUCUUCGCUGGCUCAAGCAAAUCAAAACCGACGGGACAACAGAAGAGUUUUGUUUGUAUUACGUGGAUCUCACUGCAGAACAGCGCAAGAAUUAUGAUGACGAGGCAUCUGCGCUAGUUGCCAGCAACACUUGGGUGAAGAAUGUUUGCGAUGGAGCAAUGCACUAGUAGACACUCGACGUUCCCGCACCUGCUUUCGAUCUCGUACCUGCUUUUGACGUUCCCGCACCUGCUUUCGACGUUCCCGCACCUGCUUUCGAUGUGCCUGCACCUGCUUUCGACAUUCCCGCACCUGCUUUCGAUCUCGUACCUGCUUUUGACGUUCCCGCACCUGCAUUUGACGUUCCCGCACCUGCUUGCGAUGUUCCCGCACU